CGAGUUGCUCGCUAGUGAUCUUCAUCGAAGGCUUACAUCUUGCUAAAAAACUAGCAAGAAAAGAAGUUUUUCGUAGAAGCUUUAAACUGCACGGCGCAUAAUAUUUCUUGAAAUCGUUUCUGAUCAAAGGAUAUAUAAAGUUACAUAUUGGUGAUUGAUUAUUGUGAAGGUCUCAUUAGUGAGCCGACAAAAUGGUACUUCGCCGGCCGGGAACCAUCCAUAGAAAGAUUUCAAUGAACUCGAAUAUGGAGCUUCGGAAAUCGAAGAAGUUUAAGUUGAGGAUGAAAGCAAAACGUCAGAGAGCAGGGAUCAAGAAAAAGGAAGUACGAGUGGCACCUGAAGACGUUGGGAUUCUGAGUAAGAAGGCGAUUAAGAGUAGAACCCGUGUUAAUCCACUUGCCAACAUAAAGUUGAGCAACAAGAAGCGAAACAAGAUUCUCAAACAAAGGAGAUACCAGGAACGAGAGAGAGAAGCCGCCGAACAAGAGCCAGGCACCUCCAAUGCGGACGAAAUGGAAGUUGAGAAAGCGCACAAGAGAAACUUAACGGCCCAAAAGUCAGCCGAACCGAUGGAGUGCAAGUGAACUUACGCUUUGCGUUAGUUGUCAGUGAUAUGAUGAAUAUGUUGACAGUACCUGAUACAGACUGCUUAGGCAAGUUGUACAGUAGGAAUUGCCUGUUUAAGAUACCACUUACCACAGUGGACAAUUUGGUGUAAUUUAAUGUCGUACUCAUUUUUCUUUUGACCACAAAUUGGUUAUCUAAAUGUAUAAAUAAAUCGAAGUUUGGAUAAUAGA